AUGCUCGCACGCACGCUCAGACGGAUGAGCACACAGGCCAAGGCGGAGAUGGCCGGAGCGGUUGGAGGAGAGGGGUUGGCGCCAAAACCUACCGGGCUGGUGAUGCAGAUCAUCGUGCGACGUGACCUCAUGACGACGCACGGCUGGCCCGUCGGGCCGCUCAUGGCGCAAGCUGCACACGCUGCGUCUGCCGUGCAGCAUCUUCACGCCGACCAUCCCGACAUGAAGCGAUACCUUGCAGGCGACGACGGACAAGCAUGGAAGAUCAUGCGCAAAGCGGUACUCGAAGUCGCGGACGAGGACGCGCUGCAUCGCCUCCACUCCUCACUAGAAACGGCUGGCAUUCCCCACCACUUAUGGGUGGAAGAGCCGGAACACUUUCCGACCGCGCUUGCCAUCGUUCCCAAUAAACGUGGCAAGGCCCUUAAGCGCGCCCUCGACGAGGCGGGGGCUACGCUCUGGAAGUAA